UAGCAAGCGUGGUGUUAGAUUAUUUUAGAGAAUAAUUAAGUACUUAUGUUAGGUAAAAUUAUUUCAGUGCCCAUUGAUCAGCAGGUUUGUACGUAACUAUAAUAAUCAUCAAUCUAGAUAAUAUUGUUUCUGGAAAUAAUUACAAUCAGAGUUAGUGUCACCUUCGCAGAAGUCAAUAAAUAACAUAUUAGUGUUAUUGUACAUCGAGUGAGAACAAUGAGGGAGGUGUGACGUCGCACCUGUUAUCAGUGAGAGAUGCGUUAUCAGUGCCGGCCGGCGAGCUAAUUGUUUCAGUGUUGUUUGACAACCUCGCGAGUACCGUAGCCUAGUGCUGUAGUACUUUGUAUCUAGUGAUUUAACGUAUCUGAAACAUAGUGAAUAAUAUCUCCAACACUUUGAUAUAUUAACUGCAUCCCAAGGUGACAACGAUGUCGAAGCGCACAGGAUUCCCAAACACGACCGCGCCGGCGGCAGCAGGGCUAACGUACCGCGGUAUUGUGGAGAACAUGAGCAUCCCUGCCGAGCUGCACCAGCGACCUGAUGGUAGACCGUACGCCACCUUCGGGAGCGUCGUGCCCAUCCACUGCUGCACGCCUGAACAGGUGGAACAGCAUCGUAAGACGACGCACCACUACUGCGACAUCUUCACCGACGAGACGCUGGCGCCGCUCGGAGACCUGGUCUAUGUCAGGAUUGAUGAGAACACCGCAGAGAAGGUGUUCAUCAACCGGCGGCAGCGCGUGCUGCUGGUGUCGAGCGACGGCGUGCUGGCGCAGUGGCGGCUGGCGCCCACCUUCGAGUCCGCCAACCUGUACCUGGCCGGGACCCCCAUCGUGGACCAGGCCGGACACCUCGUGUCCGUCGUCACUGCCAAGUGGGGCAGGCACUACGCUGUGUCUGCUAUCGAGGGCGAAGGAGGUUACUUCGACACAUCACUCCCCUGGGAGACACUGACGAUUCCAGAGGGGUCGUCCGUGUACGGCAAUAGAACGUUCCAGUCGCGGGACGAGCUGAGAGAGUACGUGGCCAGCCUCCCCCCUGCGGGCAGCCCGGCGGCGGGGGAGGUGUCCCCCCUGCUGUACAGGGGGGACAGCCCCCGCCUGGUGCUGGUGUCCCCGUCGGGCCGCCAACUGUCGCACCACUACCUGCACGGAGUCAUCGCCAACGAUGUCGAGUACCUGUGACCUACAUACUCACAUACUUACGUAAUUUUUUUGUUGAUUAAGUGUCAUAGUGCGUAGCUUUUCUAUUGAUAGGUUUAAUGUUAAAGUUUUGCCAAAGACAUCUUGUUCUUUCUAUUUCAUUCUUACAAUCAUAUUUCGUUAAUUUAGACUUUAGUUAGUAAGUGUUACAAACGAUAAAACGUUUUUUUUUACUUUUUUUAUUGCAUAAACAUUUUGAUAUUAUUAUUAAUACGUGGGAGAGCCAUGCUUCUGCAUGAAUGGGUCGACUCGACCGGGGUGAUACCCCGGCCUCACAGUACACCGGCGUGAAACAACGCUUGCGUUGAGUGAGAUUACCGGAAACCCAAACCUUGCCUAAAUCCCCAAAAAGCCCAAUAUGUAGUCCAUCUGCUCAUUUGCAGACGUAUUUUUUUGAAAAACAUACCACCUUCCACUUUGUACUCGCUAUGGUGAGUGCAACUCUCGUGCAAUGAGAAUCAUCGGCUGCGUGGUAAGUUUUUCUUUCAUUCCCACUGCGGGAGGGGGGAUUGUGGACCACUCCCCCGCCCCCCACUGGGGGGGAAAGAACAACAUACAACGUACUCGGUGCUUCUCAAUGCACGUCACUUGUAAAAUGGAUCAUGUAAUACCUGCAGACUAGUGCAAACAUACUGUUUGUUUGUUUGUCACUAUAUUUCGUACAUCAUCAGUCAUCACAAACAAUAUUGUUAAUCUUCAUAGUACAAACACUUGUUAUACGUUUCUAAAAUAAAUGAUUUAAAAAAU